CGGGCGAGCUCCGCAGCCAGGCCCGCGCGCGCACCUGCGGCCGCCUUCCCGUCCUCUCGGCCCGCCGCGUCCGAGGCCGCCGCCGGACGAGGCAUGGCCACUCCGCCCAAGAGGCUCUGCCCGUCCCCCGCCGCCAGCUCGGAGGGCACCCGCAUCAAGAAAGUCUCCAUCGAAGGGAACAUCGCUGCAGGGAAGUCAACAUUUGUGAAUAUCCUUAAGCAAGUCUGCGAGGAUUGGGAAGUGGUUCCUGAACCUGUGGCCAGGUGGUGCAAUGUUCACAGUACCCAAGAUGAGUUUGAGGAACUGACAACAUCUCAGAAAAGUGGUGGGAAUGUUCUUCAGAUGAUGUAUGAGAAGCCUGAACGGUGGUCUUUUACCUUCCAAUCAUAUGCCUGUCUCAGUCGGAUACGAGCUCAGCUUGCCUCUCUACAUGGCAAGCUUAAAAAUGCAGAGAAACCUGUGUUAUUUUUCGAACGAUCUGUAUAUAGUGACAGAUUCUCUUUCAGGUAUAUUUUUGCAUCUAAUUUGUAUGAAUCUGACUGCAUGAAUGAAACAGAAUGGACAAUUUAUCAAGACUGGCAUGACUGGAUGAAUAAUCAAUUUGGCCAAAGCCUUGAAUUGGAUGGAAUCAUUUAUCUUCGAGCUACUCCAGAGAAAUGCUUGAAUAGAAUAUAUUUACGAGGAAGAAAUGAAGAGCAAGGCAUUCCUCUUGAAUAUUUGGAAAAACUUCACUAUAAACAUGAAAGCUGGCUCCUGCAUAGAACAUUGAAAACCAACUUUGAUUAUCUCCAAGAGGUGCCUAUCUUAACAUUGGAUGUUAAUGAAGAUUUUAAAGACAAGCAUGAAAGUCUGGUUGAAAAGGUCAAAGAAUUUUUGAGUACUUUGUGAAGUUGUUGAAGACUACAGACAACCAAAUGUUUCCAUGUUUAAGCCUUGUGUAUCUUCAAAGCUUACUAUUCAUACAAAUAUCUUUAUAUCUUUAAAAGACUUGGAUUUUUAACUGUUUUUGUUCUGGGGUGGGGCUGUGGUUUUUUUGUUUUGUUAGGUUUCUUCAUGAAUCCUGUAUAAAACUUUUUAACUAGUUUCCUUCCCUUCCUACUUAAUUCAUUCCCUCCCUUCUUUGGUUUAAAAAAACCAGAACUAUCUAAUUCUCUGGAGGUAAAUGGAUCCAGAAUCAAUAUAGUGAGUGGCUAAACUACAUCAUAAAAGACACAGUCUUCUCUUGUCUUUCCUCCUCAGUAGGUAGACAAUUUUCCCUGGUGCUCUCACCCCACUGGUGACCAGUUCUUAAUUGGAAGCCUUAUAUAGUAAAAUGGUGUGUAUCCUGUGUAAAUUAUAUGCCAGUUAAAAGUUGAAAGAAUUUGAAAAUUGAGUGUUGGUCAUGGCUAUAACCCUAUGUACUAAGGAGAUUUAGGUCUAAGGAUUGAGGUUUGAAGCCACUCUGGCUGACAAAUUCAAAAGACUUAUCUCCAAUUAACUGCC